AUGUCAGCACGCCGGCAGCCAUACAUACGGGUUUCGAUCUUUGUCAAGAGGAAACCUGGCACAUCGAGCGAAGAGUUUCACGCCCAUUGGUCCGGUGUGCAUGCGGACGUGGUUAGAAACCUUCCUGGUUAUCUCCAGAUAUGCAAACGAUACACCCAGGCAAGAGUUCACUUCUCCUUUAAAAUGGCGACAAAGCCCCCGACUAACGUUUCAGCCGAGCAGUUCCAUGCCCUGCCGGAAUACCAAAACCAGGAGAAAGUCAUGGGGCUCCCAGUCCUCCCAUUCGAUGGCAUCGUUGAGAUAUGGAUAGAGGAUGUUGACAAGUAUGUCCAGCAUGUAAGCCAGGAGGAUAUUGUGAAGGCACUUUCUGCCGACGAACAGAAGUUCACGGAUCGCGAGGACGCUUGUAUCAUGAUUGGUUAUGAGACACUCGAGAUUGGAGAGCCUGUGCCUGCGUUUGCCUAG